UUUUGGGGGAAAAAAGUGUGACUUUGUGAAAGUCGUUGAAUAUUUUUGAGGAUAUUUUAAAAAGUUGGUUUUGAAAAUCAAAAGUGAUUUUUUUCUCGAAAAAUGUCGUAAUCAACGGAGAGUGCAUCUUGCGAAAACAAAAAAAAAUGCAAAACUGAUAAGGAAGCAAAAAUUUGGCACAUUGUUUAGAUAAGUUUGUUGUUACUCAGAUAAGUGUGUUACAAUUGGAAGGGUGACACAGUUUUGUGACAAAAGUGACAUCAUUAUUUGGGUCAAAAUUGUUGGAGAUUGAGAAAAAAGCAACAAAUCAUCUUUAAAAUAGUGAAAGUGACCCAAAAAAAACCAACAAAAUGGACAUGACCAUAGCGUCGAAGAACCUGCUGAACAACAACCUCCACAGCAACCAUUCGCUGAAUGGUACCGUCAACGGAACCAACAGUAGCGGCAAUGGCGCGGCAGGUGGGGAGCACAUCAAGCGGCCGAUGAACGCGUUCAUGGUGUGGUCCCGCGGCCAGCGGCGGAAGAUGGCCCAGGACAACCCAAAGAUGCACAACUCGGAAAUCUCGAAGAACCUGGGCGCCCAGUGGAAGCUGCUGACCGAGGGCGAGAAGAGGCCGUUCAUCGACGAGGCGAAGCGGUUGAGAGCCCUCCACAUGAAGGAACACCCCGACUACAAAUACCGCCCGCGACGGAAGCCCAAAACCCUGGUCAAAUCCCCGGGCGGCCCAGGCAACGGCUCAUCCGGCCCCACUUCCAACUCCUCAUCCUCCCCCGCAUCGUCCUCCUCCUCCGCCGGUUCCACCAAAGACUCGCUCCACCACCACCUGCACCACCCAAACCGCUCCCAAUCCCCGCCCGGAAAGUCCUCCCCCUUCAAUCCCGCCUCCCCGCUCACGAACCCACUGGGCCUGCCGCCAGGAAUCUUCCCGCCGUACCACUUUGCCGCCUACGACCUGCACCAGAAGGCCUUCUGGAACCUGUACGGGCCGCAUCUGCUGUCCACGAUGGUGCCGGCGGCCGCCUACCAGUUUCCUUCGCCCCACCCGCUGGCCUUCAUCAAGCCCUCCAAGUCGUCCCCGCCCUCCCCGAUUGCCCCGACCUCGCCGGGCAUCCCGACGGCGGGCACAAACGUCAUCUGACCAACACCGCUGCGCUACAGUGCCGAGCAUAGCGUUUAGGACGAACGCCAAUCUUUCCAAGUGCGCGGAUGUGUGUGUUUGCACCUCAACUGUUUAUCAUCUUGAACUUGUUUGCUAAAGGUGUGCAGUCACAAGCUUGCAAAAGUUGCAUUGAAAAUCUUCUUUUUUUUGUUCCUUGUGUGAUAAGCAGGAAGGAACGCUGCUAACUGUGUUUAAAAAAAAGCAAAAAGAAGCAGCACAUAAAUCAAUCUUUAUCAGAUCAUAUCAGUACACAUUAAUGUAUGUAUGUGUGUGUAUGUGCGAAAGCACGAGGAACGAUUCAGUUCGCAAAAAAAGACCCAGUUUUUAGGCUUAAGGUUUACCGUUAAGAGACAUGAUAGGCUGUAAGGAAGCAGGAAAAGAAGAAGAGGCAAAAGUUCAUUGAUUUUGCAAUGAUUUAGACCCAAAGAUCAAAAUUGUUAUCACCCGCGGGACACUUAGUUGAAUUUAGUUUGUAGGAUAGUGGCACUCGAUUCGGUUAGUAAAAGUAUCGUUUAUAUGUUUCUUUUUUAAAAGAUUUUUUAGUUUCGAUGAGUGCAAUAGAAGAACUCAAACUGAUUACCAAAAUCAAAUUAAUGGUGUAAAUAAUUUGGAAACUGUGGAACGCAAGGGCUCAUGAAAGUUUGGUUACUGGAAUCUGCAAUGAUACGUACGUACAUAAAACAUUACCUAAGAAUACAAUGAAACUAUAUCUGUAAAUGUAACUGAGAGCUCUUCUCGGUGAGUCGAACUUGCUCGAUUUCUCAUUGAAUUUUAUCUUUUUGAAUAAUAAAAUUAUGUCUAAAAUAA